AUCCGCAUCAGCCCACACCAUGUCGAGUCAAGCAGGUUGGAAUUCAGUAACGGGCAUUGCGACCCUAUUGCUGGAUGGCAAUUUGACUGCCAUUGCUAUUGCGAUCGUGAUCGCCUUCGGCGUUCCCAUUUUUCUGCAUCUCGUCUUCUAUCGCGCAGCAGCGUCGCCGCCGUCGAGUAACUUUCUCCUGUUGGGCCCCAGCGGAGCUGGCAAGACAGCUUUCACGACCCUGCUCGAAUCCAAGUCUGCGCCAGCUACCAAAAAGUUGCACAGCACGCACACCUCCCAGACCUCAACUCUCAUCACAGUCACUCUACCCCCGACGGUCCCCACUGCGUCCAACCGCUACCGAUCCGUGAAUGAUCCCUCUUUGAAAGAAGCCUCGAAGAACCCGGUCCAGUACCGCCUGCGGGAUACCCCCGGCCAUGGCAAGCUGCGUGCCUCCCAGGGCAUCGCCGAGCUCCAGGCAAUGGCCACAUCCACCGACACCAAGACCAAGCUUCGUGGCGUGAUCUUCAUGGUAGACACCGCCGCUCUGGUGGAUGAGACCAUUCUCCGGGACACCGCAACCUACCUGCACGAUGUUCUUCUGGUUCUUCAGCAGCGCGCGCUGGGCAAGGGCAAGUCGUCCACGAAACGGGCCGCCGAGAUCCCCGUUCUGGUCGCCGCGAACAAGCAGGACCUGUUCACGGCUCUUCCUCCAGGUUCAGUGCGGGAGAAACUGGAAGCGGAGAUUGAUCGUAUCCGCAAGUCCAAGACUAAGGGUCUCAUGGACGCCAGCAUGGACAGUGCCGCCCUGGAUGCUGAGGAGGAGGAUGUUCUGGGCGACGAUGAUGCUCAGGGUGUCUUCGGCUUCAAGCUUCUGGAGCAAGUUGGCAUCAAGGUUGACGUGACUGGUGGUGCCGUCAAGGGCGACCAACAGGAGGAGUUUGGCUCUGGCGUGCGUCGCUGGGAAGAGUGGGUGGGCAUGUGCCUGUGAGAGAUGAGAAUCUCCAAGCUUUCGCUUGAUCUGGAGUUAUUCUGGCUAUGAUAUUCUGAAUAGUUCUUGCGCUAUCGCUGGUGCACUUUUGGAUCUAGCCUUGACCUUUGGAUUGGACAUGCACUUCUUGUACCUAUACUGGGCUGCUGGUUGUGAUCGCAGGUAGCAUCACAAGCUCGGCCCUUGAUGAAAUCAAAUUCCCCGCUUAUCAAUCUUAUUC